UUACUACGCUUCUACUUUACUACGUUCUGCUUUACUUUACUACGUUCUGCUUUACUACGUUCUGCUUUACUACGUUCUGCUUUACUACGUUCUGCUUUACUUUACUACGUUCUACUUUACUACGUUCUGCUUUACUUUACUUUACUACGUUCUGCUUUACUUUACUACGUUCUACUUUACUACGUUCUGCUUUACUUUACUAUGUUCUACUUUACUAUGUUCUGCUUUACUACGUUCUGCUUUACUUUACUACGUUCUACUUUACUACGUUCUGCUUUACUUUACUACGUUCUACUUUACUACGUUCUGCUUUACUACGUUCUACUUUACUUUACUAUGUUCUACUUUACUAUGUUCUACUUUGCUAUGUUCUGCUUUACUUUACUACGUUCUACUUUACUACGUUCUACUUUACUACGUUCUGCUUUACUUUACUUUACUACGUUCUGCUUUACUUUACUACGUUCUACUUUACUACGUUCUGCUUUACUUUACUACGUUCUGCUUUACUACGUUCUGCUUUACUACGUUCUGCUUUACUACAUUCUGCUUUACUUUACUACGUUCUGCUUUACUACGUUCUGCUUUACUUUACUACGUUCUACUUUACUACGUUCUGCUUUACUUUACUUUACUACGUUCUGCUUUACUUUACUACGUUCUACUUUACUACGUUCUGCUUUACUUUACUAUGUUCUACUUUACUAUGUUCUGCUUUACUACGUUCUGCUUUACUUUACUACGUUCUACUUUACUACGUUCUGCUUUACUUUACUACGUUCUACUUUACUACGUUCUGCUUUACUACGUUCUACUUUACUUUACUAUGUUCUACUUUACUACGUUCUACUUUACUUCGUUCUACUUUACUACGUUCUGCUUUGCUAUGUUCUGCUUUACUUUACUACGUUCUACUUUACUACGUUCUACUUUACUUCGUUCUACUUUACUACGUUCUACUUUACUACGUUCUGCUUUGCUAUGUUCUGCUUUACUUUACUACGUUCUACUUUACUACGUUCUACUUUACUUCGUUCUACUUUACUACGUUCUGCUUUGCUAUGUUCUGCUAUUCUCCAUUCAGUUCAAAGGCUUUAUUCUGCCAAAGCAUUCAGGUACAAAUCAAUAUUCACACAAUACAGUAAUAUUAAACACAACAUGAUGAAGAGGUGAUGUUUGUUUCAUGUUUAAUAGGUUUGGUUGAAACUGUACAGAGGAAUGUGUUAAUUAGAUCAGUUACAGUUUAAAUCCGACUUCUCCAUCAGGAGACGUUUAUAUUUUAUUUGUUUUAUGUAGCCGGGGCUCCGGCUCUGUUGUUGUCUUGUCUGGUUGUUUUAUGUGGCAGAGAUGUGAGGGAGGGGUCUGGGAGCUGAACAACAUGUCACCCUCCCUAAUGACUGGCUCCUCUAGCGCCACCUUCAGGGCAAACUUUACAUGUUUUGCUUCUAAACUCACUUUAGUUUUAAUUUGUUCUGUUACUUUGUUGUUUGCUCCUCUCUGUGUUCAUGUUUUAUUUUGUGAUUUUAAUAUUUCAUGGUUUAAUUAGACAGUUAAAGUCUCUGAAGCUCCGUUUAGAAAACAUUAGUUUUUAUUACUUUACAGUUCAGAC